AUGAAGGAGUUGGAGCUGGCUCUGGCGAAGAUUGAGGACCGCUUGAUCGUUUUCGAACAAAAGCUCUUGGACAGCAGGGUCGCCCGGCAGGAAAGGAGGGCGACAGGGGGGCCGUGCUGGCGGUGCGGGGCGGUCGCCUGCUGCCGCUGGUACUCGAGCCCGGAGCACGGUCCCCGGUCGCUUUGCUGCCCGUGCCAUGAGGUCACCGUGGGCGGCCCGUGCUGCCGCUGCGGUCGGGAGAAGUGCAUCAGCUGGUACACCGGGGAGAAGGGCUCCCGGACGCUCUGCUACAACUGCUACAACCAGACCAGGCGACCGGAGAGGAAGAGGCGACAGCGGGGAAGGACGGUCACGGAACCUGAUACUGCCGGAUCGAGCGGAACCAAACGGAAAAGACCGGUGCGGGUGGGAUCGGAGGAGAUGGAAGAAGGAGGAGGAGAGCAGCGCUCGCAGGGGGACCCAGUUGCAGGAGAACGGAGACGCGCGUCCCAUGCGGGGAGGAACAAGGGCGGAGUCAGCGGAAGCGGAACUUCGCGUGCGCCCUGCAACAAGGAAUCAGCAAACGGGCAAGAAUAUGUAUACGAAGGAGAAGAUCCCCUCUUGGAGCUUGACGUCAUGGAUGUGAUUGGGCUGUUCGAGGCGGAGGAGAACUCCGCGAGGCACCGGAGAGCAGAACGGCAGAAAGCUGCUGCAGAGCGCAAGACUCAGGCGGAGACGGACUCUGCUGAAGAUUCAAGGAGCGACGAUCAUGGGCGGUCAUAUCGCACGAGCGGCCCCAACGUCAGGGGCCGUGGGAGAGAAAAUAGACACGAAGAAAUUGGCGCGAUGGGCGAGGGGAAUCUGGCCGCGCGCGCGGGCGUGCCACGCGUGCACCACGCGUUUCCGAGCGCCGGAGACUCGGAACCGGGAGCUGUAUCCGUGGGCGAGCAAGGAGUGGAGUUCGGGGACUGCCUGCUUUUUGAAGAAUUUUUAGCCGAAAGACGGCAAGAGGAGGGCAGCGGAACGGGGAUGGAGACGGAAACGGAACCAGAAACGGCGCAGCCCGAAGGGGGGACGGAAAUUUUGUACGGCCGGUUCUACCGUGUGACCGGGGACUUCCUGGGGCAAGCAGCGGUUGAACAUUUUUCGGCCGGCCCGGGAAGGGCUCCUCAAGACGACCGAUCAGACUGGCAGGACCGGUGCAUGGGCCGGAUGUUAGAGCGGCUCUGGGCGCAAAAGGAGCCUGCUUUUGCCGGUUGGGAGGACGAAGCGAGAAAAGGAAACAAGAAGCGCAUAACUUUGGAGGACAUUCCGGAGAGUCCGCGAUCGCAUUCUGCGGCGGUGAGGGCGGCAGAACGGAGGACACCGGAGGAGCUCGUGGCGGAACACGGAAGCGCCUCGGCCGCGGCAUUCUGGGCAGUUCUUGAAGAAAGAAAGAAAGCUAUGAAGUCGCAAAUAGAAGGGUUCGAGUUUACGAUUAUGAAUCUGACGGGUUCGGCUGAUGGGCUGAGCGGGCAAGCGGAUACAUUGGGUGGCGCCUCCGAAUCAGGCCCCGCAGAAAUCGGAGGGGGUUCGAGUUGCAGGGCGGCGUUUGAGGGCGCGGGCAAGGGCUGCAUUCUGGCGCACGCUCCGGGGUGUGGAAAAACAUUGCUGGGAUGGGCGUUAUUUUGGUGGCUGCGACGCCUCUACCCCGGUCUCCGCUGCUUGACACUCGCCCCGGCGUCCGUGCUCGAGGUGUGGGAGCACCAGCGGCCGGUGUUGAUGAACACGUACCACGUGGGCCCUGCACAAGGGCUUCGGACAGGUGACGUCACCGAACAGGAAGCGGGAACAAACUUCGCCCGCUGUCUGAGGGACUUGCGGGAAUGGGCGGAGAAGGGGGACGGGAUGCUUCUGCUCAGCAACGAGAGGAUGCGGGUUCUCCUGACGGCCGCGGCCGCGACCGCGCCCGAGGUGACGCGACUGCUUCUGGAGGCGCCAGAUGUCGUCUUCUUUGACGAGGCGCACAACCUGAGGAACGAUAAGACGCGGCUACACCAGUACAUACAGUAUCUAAGAACGCCUCGGCGGGUGCUACUCACCGGUACGCCGUUCAACAAUUCAUUCGAGGAGCUCUGGACGUUGCUCUACUUUGCACAGCCGGACACCAUGCUCCGCUGGGGCGCCCACGAGCUGCGUUCCGCUGGCGGCGCAUUAACGGAAGUACAAGCCCGGCGCGCGUUCCUAGAGGUCGCAAAACGGGAGAGAAGAGCACUCAACGCCAUCUUGGCGCAAGUCGUUCAUUCGAGCGCAAAGCGCGCGGCCGCGCCCAGCGGGGGCGCGCUCACACACACGGACAUGGUCGUCACUCUGAACAUGACGUCAGAGCAGGCGGGGUACUACAAGGCGGUUGGAGCGGGCCAGGCUAAGCGGAGUUCCGGUGGGGCUGAAGUGGGCAGAAUGGACGACGGCAGCGGGGCGGAGGCGGCAACGGGUGGCAAUCUAUUCAGCAUGGAGCAUCUUCUUAGUGUGGCAUGCGUGCACCCCGCUGCACUUCCGCCAUUCAAGUACGAGGAUCUCUGCUCAGAAGAGCCCUCCCUCCCCGCAUACUCGGAUGACGUCAGCAUCUCUCGCAGCUGCAAGACGCUGGUCCUCAGCUGGCUUGUCGCCCGGGUGAGAGCCACCGGGCGCGUCGUGGUCUUUGGUGUGAACGUAGAGCCGCUUAGGGUGAUCGCCCGGGGGCUGCUGGCGCACUUUCCUGACUGGGAGAUGGGGCAGGAGAUCGUGCACAUCGACGGGGCAGUCAGCCAGAGCGUGCGGAGGGAAAGGCGGGAGUGGUUCAACGACCCUCGGAGCCGGGCAGUAGUGCUGCUAGCCACUGUGGAGACGUGCGGUGAGGGAGUCGACCUUUCGGGGGGAACCCACGCUGUGCUGCUGCAGCCUGUGUGGAACCCCACGGUGAAUGAGCAGCUCAUUGGCCGCCUGGUCCGCCCCGGUCAGAAGGGCCACGUGUACAUCCUCCGCCUCAUCUGUUGCCGCUCUCAAGAGAAUCAUAUUCAUGAGCGGGCGGUCCAGAAGGAGCAAACUAGACGCGACCUCUUUUCCCCGAGCGGAGGGAUGGGCGACCAGGUCGGGCCGGGCGUUCCGAGCCGCCACAUCACCAAUGAAGGCCCGCUCAGUACUGCUGCUGCCCAUGCACCAUUCGUAGACAGUUUGCGGCAGCUGGUCGAUGGAAAGGGACGCCCAAUAGUUGCGGAUGUGAUAGACUACGAGAGCUUAUUCAAGGGCAAGGGAAUGGAACUCCAGUAG